AUGUCGGCUGAAGUCUCUCACGGACGUGGUGGUGCUGGCAACUUCAAGCCAGAUGACACCGAGUAUGUUGACGGCGAGGUCGUCCGCACUGGCAUUGUUGGGAGCCAUGGUGAUGGCGCAUACAGUGCAGGUCGUGGAGGUGCUGGCAAUAUUGGAGACGUAGGCACGCCUACUACCGAGAGAAAGGACCAGGACAUCAUCCCAGAAAUUGCGAUCCGACCGAGCCAAGACGGCCGAGACUACCAUACUGGCCGUGGAGGCGCUGGCAAUGCUCAGGUCGGAACCCCAGAGAGGAAAUCCGAAGAGGAAGAGAAACCCACUGCCAAGACUCCUGUUGGUCUGGCUGACAAGCUCAAGUCCAAGCUCUUUGGUCACAAGAAGUAG